AUGACUUCAAAUUCUGACAUUGAAAAAGAAAAAGAGAUAGUUGAAGUCAUAAGUGACGACAAAGUACUUUCCAUUCAAGAUUCAUAUGACUAUGAAGAUCCCACCAACUACUACACCAGCUAUUCAGAUGAAUUCAAUCCUAGAGGACUCAGAAAACCAACGGACGACGAGCUGAAGAAUUUGGCAAGGGUUAUUGGUAAUAUCAAGUACAGUGUUUUCAUUCUUUGUAUCUGUGAAUUUGCAGAACGUGCUUCCUACUACUCCACAAUUGGCAUUCUUACAAACUACAUUCAGAGAAGAGUCCACCCAGAUUCCCCACACGGCUGGGGAGCCCCGCCACCUGGAAAUCCAGACAUGUCAGCUGGUGCGUUGGGCAAGGGGUUGCAAACUGCUUCAGCCUUGAACAACCUUUUGAAGUUUUUGGCCUACCUUUCACCCUUGGUUGGUGGAUACCUCGGUGAUUCCACUAUUGGAAGAUGGAAAGCCAUCCAGUGGGGUGUAUUCUUCGGUUUUGUUGGCCAUCUUUUCUUUAUUUUUGCUAGUAUUCCUGGUGCCAUUCUGAAUGCUAAUGCAGGUUUGGGCUUGUGUAUCAUUGCCAUCAUCACAUUGGCAUUGGGUUCAGGACUUAUGAAACCGAAUUUAUUGCCGUUGUUGUUGGACCAGUAUCCUUACGAUACCGAUGUUGUUAAAGUCUUGCCCACCGGUGACAAAAUCAUUUUGGAUAGAGAGAAAACUUUGUCAAGAUUGACCAAUGUUUUUUAUUGGUCUAUCAAUAUUGGUGCGUUCUUUAUGCUAAGUACAAGUUAUGCAGCUAGAAGAGUAGGGUUCUGGUUGGCAUUCUUUAUCCCAAUGGUGCUUUACAUCAUAAUCCCAAUUUUUUUGUUUAUCAUCAAACCGCGACUCAAGAUCAAACCACCAAAUAGUGACGUGAUGCCAAAUGUAAUGAAGAUUUCCAGUGUUAUUUUUUCGGGCAAUUUCAUCAAGAGAGCAUACAAUGGGACCUUCUGGGACUAUGCCAGACCUUCGAGCAUGAGAGCAAGAGGACGGGAGUACUACAACACCAAGAAGAAAACGCCAAUCACAUGGAAUGAUCAGUGGAUCUUGGACGUCAAACAAACAUUGCAUUCAUGCAAGAUAUUCAUCUACUAUAUUGUGUUCAAUCUUUGUAACGGGGGUUUUACAUCGGUGGAAACCUCGUUAAUUGGGGCAAUGAAGUUGGACGGUGUGCCAAAUGAUUUGUUCAAUAAUUUCAACCCGUUGACUAUUAUCGUGCUUAUUCCAGUGUUAGAAUAUGGUAUUUACCCGCUUUUCAACAAGUAUGGAAUUGAAUUUAGACCAAUAUACAGAAUUGCAUUUGGAUUUGUUGUUUGCUCCUUUUCACAAAUUUCAGGAUUUAUCUUGCAGAGAGAAGUCUACGAGCUGUCGCCAUGUGGGUAUUACUCUACUGGUUGUGACCAACCAGCACCAGUCACUGCUUGGAAAGCAACUUCUAUCUUUAUUUUGGCUGCUGCUGGUGAAUGCUGGGCAUACACUACUGCUUACGAAUUGGCCUAUACUAGGGCUCCUCCAUCAUUGAAGAGUUUUGUUUAUGCGCUAUUCUUGCUUAUGUCGGCAUUUUCUGCUGCAUUGAGUCUUGCUGUAACACCAGCAUUAAAGGAUCCUAAUUUACAUUGGGUUUUUCUCGCUGUUGGUCUUGCUGGGUUUGCUACUGCUGUGAUUAUAUUAGUGCAAUUUUGGAAUUUGCAUAAAUGGAUGGCAGAAGAAGAGAAGGAAAGAGCCCGAUUAGUGAAAGAAGAAGAGCAGCAAAACAAAGCAAUUGGACUGGUUGAUCAUCCUCUUGAAGCCAUUGCCUCAUUGAAAAGCUAA